GCUGUAAAAAGGGUCCGUGUGCGACAAGUCAGGAAACGUGUAUCUGACUGACUUCUUCAACAUCAUCAACUUGAGUCACAUCAACUUGUGGACGAGUCGGUCAUAAUUUAGAGACAUGGCUGCGUCGAAUUAUUCCUUGAAGGUCAACAGGGACCUGUUGGACCCGAACUUUGAAAGUUACAGGCUGUCUCUGGACGCCAUACCAACCUACAGCGUUGAGCUGGAUGCUGCUGUGGAGGAAGUGAAGCUGAAGGAUUCUCAGUACACCCUGGAACAUAUGCGUGCUUUUGGCAUGUACAAUUACCUCCACUUAGACCCUUGGUAUGACGACAGUGUUUUGUUUGUGGACUGCAAAGGAAGAGUUCUCAGUCUCACUGUCACCUUGGACACUGCACUCGGGAAGCCCAGAGAGGUCUACAAUCUAACCACCGAUUCCAGCCAGUGUGAGGAUCGACUUUGUGCAUCCCUCAGCCUCACCUCAGCGACCUGGGCGGCUCUGUCUGACGGCGUAGGCCGACUGUACCUUCUCCGCACCGGAAAGAGGGGAGGCAGCUCUCAUGUGAAGUGGGAAACGCUGUUCAGUGAAGACAUGGGGGAGCCUUUCACCAUCCUCCACAGCAUCUCGCAUGUCAAAGAUAAACUCCACACCAUGGAGCUCCUGCUGCUCCGCAUUCAGAAAGACCCACAGGAAACCAAAGGAAGUGGAUACUCAGUGUCUUUGGAGUGGAUCACAGUCGCCAACACUGCAGCACAUGGUCAGGAGAAGAAGUACGAGGUGAAGAAGAGGAGGGUCCUCAGGGGGAAGUCAGUGCCUCACUACGCAGCGUUGGAGCCACAGGGGAAGGGGAUGAUGUUGGCCUCGGAGAAACCGUUUGUCUUCACACAUGUGGACGGUCUUCCUGUGGAGCAGCCGGGCCCAGAGCCAAUGGAGGUGGAGAAGACAGAUCCCAUUUACUUUUGGCAGCAGACAGCGGAGGACAUCACGUUGUGCGUGCGCAUGCCUGAGGGUUUCAUCAAAGAGGAGGUGCAGUUCAGGCUGAUGGCAGACAACAUCAGCAUUGGAGUCCAGGGUUUCGCUGCUUUACUGGAAGGCCAGCUGUAUGCAUCCGUUGACCCUGAGGCCAGCACCUGGAUCAUCAAGAAUGACAAAAGUCUGGAGGUGACUCUGCAGAAGCGCAGUGAGGGACCGAUGUGGCCGGAGCUGGUGAUGGGUGACAGGAGAGGGGAGUACGUGAUGAACGACGAGCAAGCUGCGCUCAUCCACGAGAGACUGACAUACCUCACCUCUGAAGACAUGAACGGAAACCCUGACAAGGACAAGCCCCCUUGUAAUUCUCAGGAGCUGGAGGAUUGUGACGGGUUCCCAGAAGACAGCUUCAGCCUCACACACUUUGAUGGAGAAUCACUCAAGCCCACUCAGGUGGUUAAUCUGGGCAGCCAUCAGUACCUGUUCACGGUUGACGUGAACCCGUCCGAUAUGCCGUGUCUCUGCCUCAGACAUGACGUGGACGCUCUGGUGUGGCAGCCUCGUCCCGACCAGCCCAGCAACAUGUGGGAGCACAUCGCCACAUUCAACGCCCUGGGCUACGUCCAGGCCUCCAAACGGGACAAAAAGUUUGCGACCUGCGCUCCAAACUUCUCCUACGCUUCCCUGUGCGAGUGUCUCCGCCGCUCAUUCAUCUACCGCCAGCCGUCGCCAGUGGAAACCGUUCUUUUCAACAGGAAGCAGGGUCGUCAGAUAGGGCAGGUUGCCAAGCAACAGGUGGCCAGCCUGGACUCAGAUAAACCAAUCUUGGGCUUUCGAGCAACCAAUGAGAGACUGUACAUCCUGACCUCCUGUCACCUCUUUGUUCUAAAGGUCAAUAAUAAUUAGAUUUGGGACUCUGUUAGCUUUAGAUUUUGAUCUCUGUCCCACCCGCUGAGUGCGAUCAUUCCAAACUGAAGAUAUGUCGUCUCCUCCGACUGGAAAAAGAAACCUCCUCAUGUCUGAGUUAUGUCUGUGAAGUUCUCCUCAUGUUUCAUCCUCAGUGUUGCUAAAUGUCUAUAAGGUCGGAACAAAAGGAGGCAUGUUCAGAAAGACAAAUUCUAAUAAAAGCGUUUGAUGAUGCCGAAGUAUCUCAUGUGCAAACACGAUUAUGUGUAUUCCUCCUGAUGGACGACGGCCUGAUUGAAGGCUGAUGGGUGGUUGUAGUGUUUUGUUACACCGGGGAAAUCCCUCUCCUCGGCUCAUCUUACAAUCAUUAAAGUCAAAGUAUGAAAGAAGCGAA